CGCGAUCUUCAAGCUGCUCGGUGCGGUUUUGCCGAACACGGGAACCCUGCGCUGGGUGCAACAAAACGGCGCACCCCCUGGGCAGCAGAUUGCGAUGCAGCAUCCCACCGCGCAGAGCCGGCAGAGGAUCCGGGAAGGCAUCACGACGCUGACCCUCUUCCAGGCAAGCUUGUUAUUCGAGCACAAAGAGUACCAGCGAAGGCCGGGGAACAUCAGCGAAAUCCAGCAGAUGUUCGAUACGCCCUUCCCGACGGCUAACUUGGCGCGCCAGAUGUCGCACCGCUAUAGGUUCCGCCACCAGAUUGUAGACGGGAACGCAACCUUGGUGAAAAACUGGGGCCACAACAAAACCGCAUGCCAGCUGGCGCUGGCGAACAUGCAGUCCUCCAUGGAUCCGCAAGUCUACACACAAGUUGUCGCUGACUUCCGGAAAGCUCUGGGUUUGUUUACGUAA